AGAGGCUAUUGAAGAAAGACUUCAAGACAUACAACAGGAGAAGGAACUUCGACAGCAGUUGGAGGGAAAGAUCAAUAAUAUUCUUAGUGAAGUUAAAUCCAUGGAAGAAGAGGUGUCAGAACUAGACUGUUAUGAUACAGAUGUGGAAGGUGUUGAAAAGACAAUCACACACAUGAAAGAACACAUAUCUGACUUGAACAGCCAAGUAAAGUCUGUGGCUCAAGACGCCAGCAAUCGCUACCAACAGCAACACAGAAGUAUUCCUGAAGUAAUUCAGAAAGCCUUGGAAUCUUUGGAGCUGCUAUCUGAAACAGUCUCUGUUGCUAUGGAAGAUAAGGAACGAGAGUUCAAGCGUGCAAGAACUGCCCGAUGGGAAUACAUGCAAGGAGUUGAGAAUAUUGUUGCUUGGCUUCAGAAAGCCCAGGAAAAACUAGAAGAUAAGUCUAAAUGUCCACAAGAAGCAAAAGAAACACUUAUGCCUAUUUUGUCUGAAGUUCCUUCUGUUAAAGACAACAUGGAGAAAGUAAGUCGGAAUGGUAACAUCAUCAUAGAAAAUUCCCAAAAUGUAGAGGAAACAUCAAGGUUAAAAGGUACAAUCACUUCACUCAGGGAGCAGCUUAUCCAAGUUGAAGCUUGGAUUGGAGAACGGCGUCAGGAAAUAGAGGAUGCUUUGUUGUCAUGGCAGCAGUUUUCCAAGAUCAACACUUUGUUGAAAGAAUGGUUGGUUAAGGUUGAAAACAUCUUAGGGAAGGAAGUGGAACUAUCAUCUCUGCCUGAAACCAGACAACGACUAUCUGAACUACAGAUUCUUAUAAGAGAGACACCACAGGCUCAGCGCCACCUUACCGACAUGAGUAAGUAUCUUGGAAAGAUUGGACAGGUCUGCAGUGUUGGCAAUCUAGCUGACCAACUUGAGGCCAUCGAACAAGAAGAGAGUAUUACAGAGAACCGAUUACAAGAAGAAGUGGCUUUCCUACAGGAGAUGGUCGAGGAGUGGGAACAGUGUGAUCGCAAGUUAAAAGAGGUUGCUGGUUGGUUAGAAAAAACAAAGAAUAACCUGGAAUCUCCUCAUCAGAAAAGGAAAAGUUUUCAUGAUCAGUUGGCAGCAAGAGAGAAACUCCUUGCUGACAUAACAAUCCAGAAAACUAAAGUUAAGAUGGCUGUUGAAAAACUUCUGGUCCACUUCAGAACUAGAUCGUCUACUCAAAAUCAAAUGGCUUUAAGAGGGGACCAACUGCAAACCGAGCUUGACAAGUUACACAGUAUUGUAGAAGAUCAGAGUAAAACACUGUCUGCUUGCCUUGCUCAAGAAGAACAGUUCCAACAAGAAAUACAACAGCUGCGCCAUCUGGUGUCACAAAGUGAACAUCAGCUGAAGUUGGCAGGUAGUCCAACCUUCUCAACACAAGAACGAAAGAAACAAGCAGCUUUUCAAAAUAUUGAUCAAGAUGUACUAGACACCUCCCAGACCAGUGAAGGAACUCCUGUUUCCAAACAAACUUCUUCUAUGGUUAUUAAGUCACAAAAUGUGAUAAGCAGUUCAACAGUUGUUUCAGUUGUAAAGAAAACCAGGAUUAUUUCAGAUGGAAAAACAACAAAAGUAUUUGAAGAAGAAGAAUAUCCUGACAUAGAACCUUCUAGUUUUGUGAGAGGCAUUGAAGAUAGUGAAAUUAAUCACACUGCCAUUGAAAGGAAGGGAGCAAGUAAUUUUCAACAGGUUUCAACCAGUUACCAAACUACUGGUUCUGGUGUUUUUCAUCCUUCCAGUAGUUACCUCAAGUCUCAAGCCACAACAAACCAACAAGUUAAAGCUACUGCUACCAGUUUUUCUGCUUCCUACCAACAACAGUCCCAUCAUGUAUUAUCAAGCCAAGAAUUGGCAAUUUUAGGUAAUGAUAAUGAAGAGCCUCGAGUGGUAAGUUCUAGGUCAGCUUCCUCUAGAGCUCAGGUGCAAGUUACUACACAUACUUCAGCAUCUAAAAGAACUCAAAGAUAUGAUCCAACAAGUAUUGUUAGCUAUCCUGAUGAAGAACCCGAAGAUCACCAGACACCAUCUGAUUCUGAAGGCUGGGUUAGAAUCAAGGAAAUGAUGGAAGAUGUCGGUGAUGAACUAUCUUGCAAAAAUGUAAAAGACACUGAAGAAUAUAAGUUGUAUCAAGAUGAUAUCAAGGAACCAAAUUCUUCAAAACUUGAGUACAACACCCAGCUACAAGAGUCACAGGAUUCUGAGGAGGAGGUCUUUUCCAGUAAACGUUACCAAAUCCCUCAAGAGCUCAAUUGGGCUCUUUGCUCUGAAACAACCACCCACACAUCCUCUCAAGUUCUGCUACCAAAAGAGUGUAUUUCAUUUAUUGAAGAUCCCUUCAAACACACAGUGGAAAUUUGUGCAGCUGUUGUGAAAGGUCCAGAAGAAGCUAAUUGCAUUGUAUCCUCAAGAACAGAAAAUCUUUUGGAGCUUCCAAUGCAAAAUUCUCUUGAAAAAGAAGCUGAAACCGAAGAAGAUAAUAUACUUUUACAAAUAGGACAAUCUGGUUCCAAUAAAGAGUUACAAGCAAUUAGAACUGAAAUUGAUAAAGAUGUUUCAAAAGGUGAAGAUUUUAAAACGUGUGUGUUUACUGAGGUUGAAGAACCAAUUGAAUAUUCUAGUGCUGAUUUCACAACUACUGAUGAACUUCUCAGCAAUCAAUGUGAAAAAAUGUCUAAGUUAGAUAAUUUUCAAAAAGUUGAAAUUAGGGAGAAAGUUGAUGAGCAUGAGAAAAUAGAUCUACAUUCAUCACAACCCCAGAAGAAAGAUAAUGUUACUGAUGAUGACAUGGGAGAAGUUAAACCAGAAAUCAGCCCUGUCUUUGAGGAUACAACCAUGAAGGAAGCAACUCAGACAUGGGAGGAAUCAUCAGAAGACUUUGAAACUGAGAUUUUAAAAAAGGAACAUUUGGAAAUGGUCCAAGGUAUAGCAGAAACAAAUUGUGAGCUGGAGACUAAAGAAACUAGUGAGCUCUCAGCUGCCCAUGUGACAAGUGAAGAAGAGGUUUUUGAACAUUCAGUAACACAAGAGGAACAACUUAUCCCUGUGAAUGUAAAUGAUAUUCCAAUUAAAGUAGAAUCAAUCACAAAGCCUAUAACUGUAGAUGCUGAUGAUGUCAAUUUCUUAAAACAUUCUAUAAUAAUUAAAGAAGAGACAACUGAUAAUUCUAAAACUCCACCAGAGAAGAAGAGUAUCCAGAAACUGGAAGACUUUUCCCAAGAUGUGGAAAAACCACUGAAACUGGAAACCAAUUAUCCUGGCCAACAUCCAGAUAAAAACAUUCCUCUGGCCGUUAAACCUUCAGAAAAAGUAUUUACUCAAAUAACAACAAACAUGGAGAAGGUUCAAAACCUGAGUGAAGGCCUUGAAAAAUAUUUAUCUGAAACUGUUCCUGUAGUAAAAUGUGGUAGAAGUGCUGUACCAGUUUCAUCUGUAGAAGAACAGAAGGAAACAGACUUUAGUGAAAAUAUCAUUGUUGAGACCGAGGAACAGCCAGAACAAGAUGUAUCAUCUGAAAUUUUGUUUGACAAGGAUGUUGAGACAAUUUCUUCAUUUGAAAGACAGAAACAAACAGUCUUGAUAGAGGAUGCUACUAAAGUGUCAGGGGAACAGCUAGAUCAACAUAUUCCACAUGAAUCUGUGUCUGACAAGGAGGUAGUAACAGUUUCUUCAGUUGAAAGAGAGAAAGAAACAAGAUUGGUAGAUGAUGUUACUACAGAGCCUGAGAAACAUGUUGCACAUGGGACUGUAUUUGACAAGGAGGUAGUAACAAUUUCCUCAGUUGAAAUUGAGAAAGAAGCAAGAUUCAUAAAUGAUGUUACUACUAGGCCUGUGGAACAGCUAGAUGGACAUGUUCCACAUGAGACUGAGUCUGGCAAGGAUGUAGUAACAGUUUCUUUAGUUGAAAUAGAGAAAGAAACAAGAUUGGUAGAUGAUGUUACUACUGGGCCUGAGGAACAGCUAGAUGGACAUGUUCCACAUGAGACUGAGUCUGGCAAGGAUGUAGUAACAGUUUCUUUAGUUGAAAUAGAGAAAGAAACAAGAUUGGUAGAUGAUGUUACUACUGGGCCUGAGGAACAACUAGAUCAACAUAUUUCACAUGAGACUGUGACUGGCAAGGAUGUAGUAACAGUUUCUUCAAUUGAAAUUGAGAAAGAAACAAGAUUCAUAGAUGAUGUUACUACUAGACCUGAGGAACAACUAGAUCAAAGUAUUACACAUGAGACUGUGUCUGGCAGAGAUGUAGUAACAGUUUCUUUAGUUGAAGGAGAGAAAGAAACAAGAUUGGUAGAUGAUGUUACUACUAUGCCUGAGGAACAACUAGAUCAAAGUAUUACACAUGAGACUGUGUCUGGCAGAGAUGUAGUAACAGUUUCUUUAGUUGAAGGAGAGAAAGAAACAAGAUUGGUAGAUGAUGUUACUACUAGGCCUGAGGAACAGCAAGAUGGAAAUGUUCCACAUGAGACUGUGUCUCACAAGGAUGUAGUAACAGUUUCUUCAAUUGAAAGAGAGAAAGAAACGGACUUGGUAGAUGACGCUACUACUGAGCCUGAGAAACAUAUUUCACAUGAGACUGUGUCUGGCAAGGAUGUAGUAACAGUUUCUUCAGUUGAAAGAGAGAAAGAAACAAGAUUGGUAGAUGAUGCUACUACAGAGCCUGAGAAACAUGUUUCAUAUGAGACUGUAUUUGACAAGGAGGUAGUAACAAUUUCCUCAGUUGAAAUUGAGAAAGAAGCAAGAUUUAUAGAUGAUGUUACUACUAGGCCUGAAGAAGAACUAGAUCAACAUAUUUCACAUGAGACUGUGUCUGGCAAGAAUGUGGUAACAGUUUCUUCAACUGAAAGAGAGAAAGAAACAGACUUAGUAGAGGAUGUUAGUAAAGAACCUAAGGAACAGCUAGAUCAACAUGUUCUACCUGGAGCUGACUCUAAUAAUAUUACAUUGUCUUCGUUAAGUAUGGUUAAAACAGUUGAAGAAAGAAUGUUACAAGUAGUCAGACAAUUGAAAGAACCACAUGGAGUCCUUAACAUGGAUAUUUUAAAGGAGUUAAAGGAAGAAACAGAAGAACUAAAAGCUGUGCUACAAUCUGAGAUUAAAAUUCUGACAGGCAGUUCAAAGAAAGAAUUUCAGUUGACCAAUGAGUUUGAAAUGUUGCAACAUCAACUUGAUAUUCUGACAACAGAUAUUUUGUGUAAAGAGAAUGAUCUGAAGGUGAAAGAAAUUACAGAGAAGAAGUCAAUCACCACAAAAUGCCAAAUGGAGGAAAUAACUUACUUUCUAAAAAAAAUCCAAACCUUUCUAUCUGUUUAUAUAAGCCAUCAAUCAUCAACGGGUUUUCUGCAGAAGCAACAAGAGAAAUUAAAGUAUUUAAAAUCUGAGCUGAAGUCAAGACAAGAAGACUUAGAUAAACUAAUUGAAGAAUGUGAGAAACUGUCUCAGACAUCAGACACUGAAAGCAUACUGGACAUGAGACUGCAUAUGGAGGAACUAAGCACAGCUCUGGAGGGGAAGGAACGCACCAUUGUCAUUGCUUUAGAGGAGAGCAGAACUAGGGAAGAAACUCUGAAAGGAAAUGAAGUUUCAAUGGAGUUAGAACGAAGUAUGAAAAUGCAGGAAGAGAUUUUGGUUAACUUACAGUGUUUGUCUCAGUUAUAUGAGCAACAAGGUCAACAGGAAGUUACAUCAAAACCAGAAGAAAAUGUAACAUUACGAAUACACAAAUAUUAUCAGAAGAUUCAGAAAUAUGCAACAACAUCUAAGUCUUAUCCAUCAAGCUUGAAACAAAUCUCUAUGUGGCCAGUAGCUGAGUUACCUAACAGUGAGACAUUGUCAUCAGAAGUAGACAACAACCUAACUGCACUACGAUCUUCAGUGGUAACUCGGAAUCAGGAUCAAAUUGAGUUACAGUAUGUGAUUGUAGUGGAAACCAUCAUCCGCUGGUUAGAAAUUGUAGAACACAAAGUAAUCCUAGCAAGAUCAUCUCGUACAGAUAGGCAGUAUGAGGUACAACAGGUUAUUGAUGGUGACCUACAGGAAUUGCAGUUGUACAUUCUGCAGUUAGCAGAGACAAGUCAGCCUCUAUGUAACUGUCUUUCUGAUCAAGCUUUAUCUAGAGUAAUUGGUGCUCUAAAUUCUGUUCAACAAGGAUUCCAGGAUGUAGAGACAUUUGUACAGGCUUCAUUGACUACCACCAUAAAGGAAGAAGAGAAUGUAGCUACGCUGAAAAAUGAAAUGCAGACAUUAACCCAAGCUAUUGAUGCUGCUAAGCAACAUGUUCAUAAUGUUGAUGAGCUUAAAGAAGGGAGUGAUGAUCUCUCGGAUCAUUUGGAGAAUCUAGCAUCACAGCACUCUUUACACCAACAUCAGUUAAGGAAUUUAGAAAAAUUGGUUCUCGAAAGUGGAGCCUGUAAACCUUCAGAGGUAGAAAACCUAAAGGAAGAACUGCAGAACCUGCAGGUGCAGAUAACCCAUAAAGUUAAAAAGACCAAAUGUAGAAGACAACUAGUUAAACAAAUCAAACGUCAAUUACAUUUUCUGGAGCAGCAAGUUAAGCUUGGCAACAUACGACUUGAAAGUCUAACAUUUGUCAAAACUGUUACUGAACUUCAAGAUGAACUAAAACACCACAAGGCUUUCUUCAGGCAAGUCCAUCUCCUACUGAGUACUGUUGAAUUUAUGUUUGACCAUCUUGACAGUUCCCUUCAGAACAGGAUUUUAUCACUUUACAAAGCAGUCACUGGACAUGCAAAACAAGUGUUAGAGAAAGCAACAGAGCAUGGACAUUCCUUGGAAAAAGCAGUAAUUGGUUGGCAGCAGUUGCAGCCUUUACUACAUUCCAACUCUCAGUGGCUGAUGGCCAAGAUAAAGAAUGUGAAAGAACUGCCUUGUUUCAGUGAACAUAAUGUGGAGAAGUUGAUUUCUACAUUUAAGAACCUCCAGUGUGACAUACGAGACCGCCAACCCCAGAUAGCUUACAUCAACAGACUAAGCCAAGGGCUGAAAGGGGUAAGAUGUUCCUCACUAAACCUUGAGGUUCACAAGUGCACUUUGGACUGGAAGGAGCUAGUAAAGGAUGUCAUAUCUCAGCUAGAGAAGCUGCAAAACUACCAUAUGACCUGGCAGAAUUUUCAGGAAGACAUCAAACAGUUAAAGACUUGGAUAGAAGAGGCAGAACAUUACUUGUUUCAGAUACAAAAGAAAAGUGAUGCUGAGACAGACUUGACCAUGGAAAUGAAACAUUUAGGUGACAUAGCUAAAAUCAAGUCAAACUUCAAGAUCAAGGAAGUUAAACAAGAGGAUAUGAAAAAAGUCCUUCAGCAAACUUUGAAAUUACCUGAGAAACACCUGAAACAACUCAAUUGCAGCUGGGAAACUUUAAAGAUAUCUACUUAUGACUUGGAAUCUCAAGUAUGUCAGCAGGUGAUGCAGCGACCAUUCCAUGAAAUCUUUGUGGAACUUAGGAGCUGGUUAGAGAAUAUAGCUACUGUAGUGCUACAGAAAGAGAUGUUGGAAGACAUGAGAUCCUUUCAUGACAUUGAGCUAUUGCUAUCACAGUACCAGGUUAUAAAGAUGGAACUUGAGGCUAGAAAUGAAAUUUUCAUGACAGCACUUGCAGCUGAGAUAAGGGAAGAUGAACCAGAAGAUUAUCAGGUGGAGACUGAGGCAGAAGAGAUAGGUCACAUGAGAAAUAUAUGGGCAUGUGUUACAUCAGAAGUAAACUUCAGGCUAACUGUCUUGGAAGACUUAGUGACACAGUGGACACAGUUUGAAAAACUUGCAGAAGAUCUCUCUGUCUGGCUUCAAAAACACUGCAGGGAUAUCAAGGAGAUUUUGACUCAUUCUAUUAGGCAACAUCACCAAGUAGUAAUGGAAGCCCUAGACACUGUAAAGGAAAUUUCCAACCAGUUGAAAACAAAGAACACAGAAGUUAUUGAACAGCUGGGUAACAGCCUAAAAGAAGCAUUAACUACAAAAGAGACAAAAGCACAUGUUGAUGGAACACAGAUCUAUUUACAGCAAUUGCAACACAACUUGGAGGAGUUAAUUCUGAAGGCUGACAAAGAACUAAACAAAAGGCUUGACCAAUGGAACAACUAUCAACAAGCUUUAACACUAGCCAAUGAUCUGCUUCUAGAAACUGAUUACAAACUGAUGCUGUGUAAAAAUCCUGUGCAGGACAUUGGUCAGUGCAGGGGCCAGCUAAGGAUGUUAGAGUCUCUUCUGGAGGUAUUACUAGAAAGACAAAACCUAAUAAGUAACCUCAAGAUCAUUUCAAGUGUACUAAUGGAUGAGGUUGAAGCUGGAGUUCAUAUAGACCUGAAUAGUACACUAGAUCAAGUCCAAGAAAGGUGGAAAACUAUUAAGGAGUUGGUGAGUGACCUUCUUCAGGAUCAUAAGGAUGUUUGGAUGUUGUGGGAUCAGUUUUAUAACAACUUUGAAUACAUUACCAGUUGGUCAUCUGAAACUGAGGUCCAGCUCUUUAGAAUUUUUGUGAUUUCUACUGUAAGGUUUGAUGAAGCAGCCAUCCAGCAAAUGGUUGAUGAUAUGAAGUGUAAAGAAGAAGAUUUGGGUGAACUAGAUAGACUAUGUUCUGAGCUAUCUCAGUCCUUCUUGGUAGGUCCAAAGGCUCGGUGUGCUCUCAAAAAGAAAUUACAAGAAACCAAGGAUCAUAUCCAGCAGAUGAUUACAACGUUGUCUCAACAUCAGCAUGACAUAAGUGAAGAACACUCAAAAUGGGACAGUAUCAAUACUACAAUAGGAAAUGUCAUUGCAUUUCUUAAUGAUGUUGAACAGUUUUUGAAGGAGAAAGAGAGUGAAGUUAAUGCCCCUGAUGUUCAACAAGUUAUUCAAGAAACUCAGCAUCACAUGAACCAAAUGCCAUUACACAAAAUCUCUCUUCUUACAUUGCAAGAUUCCCUGCUGAAAGAUUUUGAUGCUAGUUCGACAUUUGUGCAUGAGGUUUCAGUUUUGUUGAAUCGUUGGCAGAGUCUGUGUUCUCAGUUAUUAAACUUCCUUCAUCACCUACAAAGAAAACAGUGUAAAACCCAGAACUUUCCAAAAAAAGCUCAGAAUAUUUUUAACCUGUUACACAAGAUUCAGAGUCAACUAAACCUGGAAACUCCAUCUCAUCCCAAGGUGGAAUCUCUUGUUCAGUUAGAGAUCCUGGAGCUAGAAGCUUUAGAAAAUAAACCAUUGAUAGAAUCACUAAUUGAAGAAGGGACUGCUCUGGUUGAUGACAUUCCUGAGGAAACUGUUCAGAGCUCUGUCAUUACUCAACUACAAGAACAAUGGGUGCUUGUAACCCAUUUGCUUAGAGAGAGAAUAGAUAUACUUACCACUGUAACCAAAAGAUGGCAGCUUUAUCGACACCAACUUUGUGAGGUGCAACAAAUAGCUAGAGAAAUAGAACAAAAAGAUUUGGAAAAUAACACUGUCUUUGUGAGAGAUUUGGACAACUUACAAGCGAAUAUAACAUCACAACAGGCUGUUAUAGAUGAACUUACUAAAGCUAAGAAUUCCCUGACUGAGUUGAAACAAACCAGAGAUUUACUUCAAAGUGUGAUUGAUGAAGCAGAAGCUUGUAUAGUUGAAGAUGAAAUCUUAGCUGCAGAGAACCAGAUCCACACUCUUCAGUUUAAGCUAACUGAACAAUAUACUAGGCUUCAGAGCUUGCAUGAGAAGUGGGAGGAGCUCCAACAGAUUCUUCUUGAGAUCAGAAAAAAAUUGGAUUCUGGACAAAAAGCUGCUGUUGAGCAUUUACCUCAAAGUCAACAGGAACUGUAUGCCAAGAUACAGGAAGUUAAGAACCUCCAAGACCAUCUGUACACAGUGUGUGACACCCUAGAUACUGUGGAGAGAGAAGUGGCCAAUCUGCAGGAUACCUGGGACCUACCAGAGGUUGGAGGAGUUACAGGUGAAGUUGCCUUACUGAGAAGAACUUGGGAAACUGUAAUUGUGCUGCUUGUAAUCAAAAUGGAACUUAUCAGUGAAAAACUGCAUCAUUUACAUCAGUUUGAUGAAGAGGCUGAAAAGCUUCUAUCUUGGGCUCAGUCAUUUACCAUAAGAAUUGAAGAAGAAAAAAAUUUAAAUGUUGAAGAUGAAGUCCCACUUCUCGAAACUGAACUAGCCAGUCAGAAGGAUCUCCUUCUGAAGACAACAGAACUGGGUGAAAAACUGGUGGAAGAUUGUGAUGAUGUAAACGUCCAGAGAAAGCUAGAAGAAAUUAAGAGAGUAUGGGAAACUGUUAACAAACUAUGGGCCCAGAGACAAGAGAAGCUGAAGUCUUUUCUUCUGCAGUGGAAACAGCUGGAACAGGACACAAUCAGUUUUGAUAAAUGGUUGAACGACAUUGAAUACCAACUGUCAAAAUCAGUUGUAUAUCAGGAAGUUUCUGAAAAGGAAAUCAACAGACAGCAAACAGUUUUAGAAGAUCUACAGCAAGACAUAGAAAACCAUGCUAAUAACAUCUUAGAUAUGAUAUCUACCUGUGAUGCACUCAUCAGUGAGUGUGAAUCAAUACUUUCUCCAUCCAAGAAGGAUAAUCUCUUGAAGAGUGUUAAGAGUCUGGAGAACAGAUGGAAGCAAGCAACAAACCUAGCUGCCAACAAAAAAUCCAGCAUCCAAGAAACGUGGAGUUUGUGGGAGAAGUUUUUGAAUGAUUUUAGUGAUUUGGAAACAUGGAUGUUGAGUAGCGAAAGGUCAGCCCGUUAUCCGAAAUCUGAUGCUUCAUUGUACAAUGUACCUGUUAUUCAAGAGGAAACAAAACAAUAUGAGAUACUACAACAAUCUAUAAGAGUGAAUGUUACCCGUCUUCAGUUAGUGAAUAGACAGUACCGUCGUCUAGCAAGAGAAAGUCGAACAGAUUCGGGCAACUUCCUCAAGAAUAAGGUAAAUGACAUCAACCAGCGAUGGGAUACACUCUACAGAAGAGUGGUUUGUAUCAUUCGUCGUCUUCGGCACACGUUACUUAUCUGGGACGAUUUUCAUGCACUGCAAGAAGCUUUACGCUUGUGGCUAACAGAGGUCGAUCUUCAACUGACAGAAGUGGAGCACUUCUCUGAAGAGAAGGCCAUCUCAGAGAAGAUAAAAAUAAUUGAAGAGUACAUUAAAGCAUUCCAAGAUCAUGAGGAGGACCUUGUGCAUCUGGAAAACAUGACAGUUUACAUCCAAAAGAGAAGUGAAGGUUCUGAUGCAAGCAAAGCAGAAGAAGAAUCCCAGGAGGUGAUACAGUACUGGAGAAGUAUACAGGGCAGGAUUCAACGUUACAGCUUAAGAUUACAGCAUGUCCAAAUGUGUGAAUCAGAGUAUUCUGUUGAUAAAACUGAAAAGUUAGAAGAUUUUCUUCAGUCAUCCCUUGAAGACACCGAUAAAUCAGGAUCAUCAGUCAACAAACGUUUGGCACCACCAGAGGGAGUUGAUGCAAACAGUGAAUAUCAGCUUGAAUUGAAAAGUGCUCUUACUGAAGCUAGGGAAAGGUUAACUGAGGCGGAAUGUGCAGUAUACAGAGAGACAUGUGAGAGCUUAGGAACUGAAGUUAGUCCUCAGACUGAUUCGAGAUUGAUUGCUGCCUGCCGAUCAAGCAUUGAUGUUUUAACUUAUCUGACAGAACAAGCAGAAUAUGAUACAUUACUGUACAAUCUGACUAGUGAAAUGCAGCAUUGUGCCAAAGAAGAAUUCCAGAGAUGGGAAACCUUACGAACAUUUUAUUUAGGCAGAGACCAUCAACAACAGCAAGAAAGGAACCAGUUUUUGUCUGAUUUAACACUUCUAGAAUGGUGGGUAGAGCAGGCAGAAAACCAGCAACAUUCCUGGAAAACAACAAAAGAAGGUUCCAUGGAUUUAGUACAACUAACACUUAUCUUAAAGGAUUUCCAGGAAGAUCUAAGAUAUCACACAGGUGUAUUUUCAUCCUGGAAAACAAAGGAACAGAAACUUGUAUCAUGUGGAAACCAGGAGGAGCAGAAACAACUUAAACAACGACUUGAGUCUCUCCAUUGCCAUUGGGAAAACGUGUGCUUGAUAGCAUUGCAGCAUUUUAAUGAAUUACAAGAAGCUGGACUUAAUAAAAACAGUGAACUCCUCAUGUGGUUAAGGGAAACUGAAGAGCAGUUUUCUGAAAUGGAACUAGAUGAGACAACUACAGACAAAGAUGUCAUUUCAAUCAACUACAAUAAACUUUUGGAAAUCAAGCACGAAAUCGAGUGUUGGGAACCUGUUCUAAAAGAACUGCAGCAGUCUGCACUGAUGUUAUCUUCGGAACCUUUUACUUCGAGAGGUGAAGAACAGCUUUCUGCGGCGAGUGUGAUGUGUGAAAACCAAGAUUUAAGUCACCAGGUUGAGGCAACCUCUGAAAGAUUCACUAACCUACAACACAAGUGUGGCAUCCAUGUGGAUCUCUUGAAAUGUGUUCAAGAUGAAGAGAUUCCUACCACUGGAGAUGCUAUAGUUGAAGGGGCCAGCUUAUGGGAUGCUGAUAAAGAAGUGGAGGAAGAAAGAAGAGAACAGCCAACUACAGUGAAUAGUUACUACCAGUAUUUGGCUCGAGUAGUGAGGACAUCCCUACCGUUCCAAGCACUGAUGUUGCUCCUACUAGGAGUAGCCAGCCUUCUGCCUGUUUCAGAAGAUGAUUUUAGCUGUGUUCUGACAAACAACUUUGCACGAUCUUUGGACCCAAUGCUACGCUAUCCAAAUGGACCACCUCCAAUUUGAAAAUUUUGAAGUUUUUGUGAAAUUAUUUGUGCGACUGUGAUUAGUAUAUGAGAAUUUUACCAGCAAUUUUAAAUUGAAUAAUGUGGUUCUAUGUGAAUGGUGUUGGAUGCCUGGUGAACGUUUACAUAUACUAAUCACAGCUCUAUUGUGAUUCAUAAUCUGUUAAUUUUUUUUGUGAAAGUUUAGUGGGCAGAUUGGAUUUGAAUACACAAAUCUAUGUCUGUCAACUCACCAAUGAUGGCAUUCGUCCAAAUUCGCCAGACAUUCACACCUUGAAAUGUUUGUUCUUUUUGUGAAGAGGUAUGAAUGUCUGUACUUCGAACGUGUGCAGUCCGUUAAAUUGUGGAUGUUCCACUGGUAGUAGACCUGAACUUUUGUUCUACUAGUCUGACACAGACUGCACACGGUAACGAAAAACCGUUGCUUCAAUUUUUCCGAAUUUUUGACCGAGCUUAGUCUAACCCUUAGUAUAACUUUUAAGUGGUUAAGACUUUUUUUUUUCAUUUGAAGGGAAACACCAUUGGUUACUUGUUACAAUUUAUCCAGCGUAAGCUGUGAUGUGUUCAAGAUGUUUUUAUGCAAAACAUAUUACCUGGUUAUAAAUUAAAACUUUUAUGUCAAAGAAAAGAAUUUUCAGUCUUGUGUCUGGAACAUGAGACCGCUGCUUGAAUUAGAAACAUUGUCCAAGGUGCUAAGAGUGUGCCAUGUUUUGUAUAUUCUGUAGUUGCUCUCACAAUAUUGUACAAGUUAAAGAAGAUGAAUUAGAUUUUAUUUGUUUUGAAGUUGAAAGGUGAUGUGAGUGUGAUCUCCAAUAAUGUGAGUUUAGAGAAAGUUGUGUGUGUUUUAGUUUAGAACUGCUAAGAAUCUGGUUGAUUAGCUCUGAUUUUUUUUUUUUUUUUACAUGAUAAUGCAUGUAUUUGUCCCUUCACUCUGAAUCAUGGCUUCAUAUACAGAGUAAGAAUCCCAAACUGUAAACGUAAAACUGAUAAUCCUAUCUUCAGGGAAGUUUUCAGGUGCCUAUGCCAAAACUAAUAACAGUUUCUUCAACUAAUUUUAGACUUUUACAGAAAAUAUUGUUUAUAUAUGCAGGGCAGUUCCCGCUCUUUAGCUGUGGUUUUAACCCUAAAAUUUUAACCAUAAAUAUGAAAAAAAUUAGAUGUUUUAGAGUGAAUAAAGCAGUUAUUUAUCUUUA